AUGCGUCUAGUGCUGUUCCUGUUUCUUACGGCGACCAUCAUGGCCGCAAGCAAUGCUUUCAUCGACGACGGUCACCUCAAGCCCCAUGGCUCCCGGGUAUUAGCUUCCAGUAGAGCCGAGACACCCCGCAACCUCAGAAGUGGCGCGAAGGCAACGGAAACGGAAGGCAGCUUGGCGGGAUCCGAAGAGCGACUGUUUUCAAACCUUGGUAAGCUGCGCAACGUGUUCAAGAAGGACCCCAACGUGGCCAAGACAUUGGCGACGGACCCCAGGAUUUCCGAAAAGGUUGCCAAGAGCUCGGGGAGUAUUUCUCAGAAGACCAUCGGUCGAGUCCGGGCUUUCCUUACGAGAAACCCGUCGAUGACGCGCGGCCUGGAUCGGUACGAGACCGAACAGCUCGUCGCCUUUCUGUCCAUUGUGGUGAGUAUUCCUUUCAUAGGGAUCACACUCGUUGAGAUUGCCAAAUAUAAAUCGGUGUAG